GCUUCUGAAGCUUUGAAGAAGAUGUAUAAAAUUGGAGUAGAGUUAGGCCGCGGUGGAUUCGGUACCGUAUAUGCAGGUGUCCGAAUGAGGGACAAUUUGCCCGUGGCGAUUAAAUACGUCUCGCGCGACAGUGUUGCGGCUUGGGGUACCUUGGACGGUCGCAAAGUGCCAUUGGAAAUAUGCUUGCUUUUCAACAUCAGGCACUUGCUUGGCGUUAUCAAACUGAUCGAUUGGUUCGAGCGACCUGACGGUUUUUUGAUCAUCAUGGAACGCCCCACACCAUGUACGGAUCUGUUCGACUACAUUUCCGAGAAAGGAGCUUUAGAGGAACGUCUUGCACGGUGCUUUUUCAAACAGGUUUUGGAAACAGUCGUUGCCUGUGCUUCUGUCGGCGUCCUUCAUCGCGACAUUAAAGAUGAAAAUCUGGUCGUUAGUGUAAAAACCGGCCAGUUGAAGUUGAUAGAUUUCGGUUCCGGUGCAUUUCUCAAAGAAAGCGUGUAUACGGAUUUUGAAGGUACCAGAGUGUACAGCCCUCCCGAAUGGGUAACCCGAAGUCGGUAUCACGGCUUAUCUGCAGCUGUUUGGUCUCUAGGCAUCCUUUUGUACGACAUGGUAUGCGGCGAUAUUCCGUAUCAUCAUAAGCGUUUUUGUUUGCGAGUUUCAUUGUUCAUCGUUGUUCUGCAUUUAGCAUGUCAGGACCUUAUACGUCGAUGCUUGGCUUUUGAUCCCGAGAGUCGACCUACCUUCAAAGAGAUCACUGCUCAUCAGUGGAUGCGCGACAGUGAGGUGCCCUAUCAUCAUCUACUGCCGUGCUGUAAAAACUUUUCCUCUUCACUUGACGUUGCGGUCGUCGAUUGUGGUCGUGAUCAUUCUCUGCUUCCAUCGACGUCAGAUGCCUGUGAUACCAAAUGUGCUUCCAGUGACAGCGAUACGAACUAUGCGGUGGCUGGCCGUGUCAUGAAUCUUCACACGGACCGUACCUUGUCCCGGCAGCGCUGCUGCUUUGUCAAGCCUCAUCCGUUUCAGUCCACCACCCUAUCCCUGGCACAAGUUGGCGUCGAGCUCGGCAGCGCCUGCAGCAGCGCAUACAGUUCGGCCAGCAGUAACUGCAUCGGCACAGGUAGUGCCUGCGAAACGUUGUGA